CUCCGCGUUCAUUAUUUCGGUGGUUGCUUUGGGGUGAGCAGUUUUGUGGCUUUUCCCCCCAUGCAAUUCUGACCAAAUCCCGCUUGGGGGUUUCGCCAGCCUCAGCUCACUCUACGUGCACCUGGCGCGGCUCUUUCCCCCCCAACCUGUUGCAAGUCUUUAAUCCUUGCAAUUGGGACUUGCUUGCAGACUCCUCAAUUCUCUUUCUCUCCCUUCAUUUUGCAAGUUUCUGGGGGAGGGCACCUGCUCUACCUACCAGAGAUUUAAAAAAAAAAAAAAAUCUCGAGGCGCGCUCUUGGCCCCUUUCUCCCCGCACUCUCGCUCUCCUGCCCCGCCCCGAGGUAAAGAGAGACUCGGAGAAGAUGGUGCUCACCACGAUCCUCCUGCUGCUGGCCGCCUAUGCGGGGCCCGCCCAGGGCCUGGGCUCUUUCGUGCACUGCGAGCCCUGCGACGAGAAAGCUCUCUCCAUGUGCCCCCCCAGUCCCCUGGGCUGCGAGCUGGUCAAAGAGCCGGGCUGCGGCUGUUGCAUGACUUGCGCCCUGGCGGAGGGGCAGUCGUGCGGCGUCUACACUGAGCGCUGCGCCCAGGGGUUGCGCUGUCUCCCCCGGCAGGACGAGGAGAAGCCGCUGCACGCCCUGCUGCACGGCCGCGGGGUCUGCCUCAACGAGAAGAGCUACCGCGAGCAAGCCAAGAUCGAGAGAGAUUCUCGUGAGCACGAGGAGCCCACCACCUCUGAGAUGGCUGAGGAGACCUACUCCCCCAAGAUCUUCCGGCCCAAGCAUACUCGCAUCUCCGAGCUGAAGGCUGAGGCCGUGAAGAAGGACCGCAGGAAGAAGCUGACCCAGUCCAAGUUUGUAGGGGGUGCUGAGAACACUGCCCACCCCCGGGUCAUCACUGCACCUGAAAUGAGACAGGAAUCAGAGCAGGGCCCCUGCCGCAGACACAUGGAGGCUUCCCUGCAGGAACUCAAGGCCAGCCCAAGAAUGGUGCCUCGUGCUGUGUACCUGCCCAACUGUGACCGCAAAGGAUUCUACAAAAGAAAGCAGUGCAAGCCUUCUCGUGGCCGCAAACGUGGCAUCUGCUGGUGUGUGGACAAGUACGGAAUGAAGCUGCCAGGCAUGGAGUACGUUGACGGGGACUUUCAGUGUCACACCUUCGACAGCAGCAACAUUGAGUGAUGCGUCCCUUCCCCUUCCUUUCCCCCUCCCACCCCCAGCCCCAACUCCAGGCAGCGCCUCCCUCCUCCCCAGGACGCCACUCAUUUCAUCUCAUUUAAGGGAAAAUAUAUAUUUUUUUUUUUUGAGGAAACUGAGGACCUCGGAAUCUCUAGCAAGGGCUCAACUUUGAAAAUGGCAACAACAGAGAUGCAAAAGGAAAAGGAGACCCCUUACCCCUUGACAAUGGUUUUCUUUUUUGAGACAAGUUAAAUGAACAGAGAAGGGAAGAGAGAAAGAGAAUGAGGGAGAGGAGAGAAGAAGGCAUUGGUGUGGAAGAGAAAGAACAAUGGAGAAGGUUAGGAAGAGAGGAACGCAGGCAAGAAGGAAAGGGUACCAGGACCAGAGCUGAAUCCAUACUUUGUGUCCAGCUCUGGCUUGGUAUGGGGAGAGGAUGGGGCACUAGAAGGUGUGGCCUAAGAUAUGGCAUUCAGUGAUAGUCUUGGAGGUUUUCCCAGCCUUGAUUGGUCAGGGGGAGAAAGGAAAAGACAAAACAUGUCAGUACCUCUCUUAGGUUUACCUCUUCUUUCAGCUGGAAUGAGGACCUUCCUCCUGUCCCUUCUCUCCUCUUACCCUAGUGGAGUGUUUUCUCUACCCCAAAUUUAUAAAGACUAAAUGCAUUCCAUUCCUCUGAAAACAAAGCAAAUUCAGAAUUGAGUGGUGUUAGAUUGGUUUUCCUAAGCAGAUAAUUAAAAAUUAAAUAUGUCUGCGUAUUUCACUCCUCAUGCAGGUUUUUAGAAAUCAACGCAUAUCCCAGAUUGAAAAGACUUGUUCUUCCAGAGUGACAAAAAAAUAUGCUGAAACAUAUGGUUUCAGCCCCUGGGUUGAUCCAAUACACAACUAGCACAGAGCCUGUAUGGAGGAGGAUAGGCUGAAAAACAAAACAAAACAAACAAAAAAAAAAAGAUGGGCUUGUAUUUAUCCACAAGGCUCCAUAUAGUCGUAUAUAGGCAUAUAAAUUCACUUUAUUUCUUUUUCUCUUUCUUUCUUUCAAAGGCUUGCAUUACCUGUUCAAAGUAGUUCGUAUGGUGUAUUGAGAAGCUUCUUCAUCCUAGGCAAACGAGGAAAAUUCAUAUUUUCCUAAUAUCACCCAUAGCAACCAGCUUUAUUUAGGCAUGAGCCAUAAACUCAGCUCUUUAUGGGGCAGCGUUGGAUCUUUUAAUGAUUCCCCACCUGCAUCCUACCUACUCACCAGGCCAGGUAACUGCCUGCACCAUGCUGCCCAGCUCAUUCCAUUUCAGCCUUCAAACCCUCAGGAAGGAACUGUCUCUGGACACCAUACCAAAUGAGCCCAAAAGGUCCAAGUUUGAUCCACUGCUCCUGCCCUAGCCUUUUCCUUUCAUCUGGAUAGACCUGCUAAGCCUCUCCCACUCUCCAGGCUGACAAAGCAGGAGAGACACUGACAUGAGGGAUGUCAAAGAGGGAGGUGGUGGAAAAAAGUUUCAAUAGGGGAAAACAGUAGAUGGAGCAGAGGGACAGAGGGCUGGAGGAACAAAAAUGGCAGUAGAAAGAGGGAAAGCCAAUAGAACUUUCCUUGGGUUCCCCACCUUAUAAAUCCCUCUGGGAUUCAAGAGGAAAGAGAGAGGAAAAUGGGGAACUGGUUUGUAAGGUAGAAGUGUAAGGUAGAAUCCAGGCCAUAGAGCCAGGGAAGUUGGGUAAUUUUAAGUAGGCUGUAGACUUGAGAAGCUGAAUGGGAACAAGGAUCAGUAGGCCUGCCAUGCAUUUAAAGGGCAAGACAGUGUGCUCAGAUGCCCCACCUUCAGCCCACCAUGAGGGACGUGAGGGCAAAGAGUAUUUCAAGCUCUUCUUCCACUCUGGCUGGCCCAUGGUUUUUCCUGGGGGUGGAGGAUGAAAGGAAGACCUAAGACAACCUGGGAAUGGAAACUCUAGGGUUCUGUCAUUUGCAAGCCAGAUACUGAUCCAAGAAAAAUCCCAUUCUUCACUGACUUCUUCAACAAAGGGGUGACCUUGGGACUAUUCCUAAAACUGAUAAUAGACUGCCAGGACAGGGGGCUUGAACACUGGUAAAGGAAGCCCUUUGUUGCUAUGGACACAGUUCUCUCCGCUCUUUCCUGAUGGCAUAGCACAGUGGAAACUAUCAACAACACUGAACCUGGGCCAACAGAGGGACAGCAAAGAAGCAAAUGUACUUCAACUCACAGGAGAUAUAUUGCCAUGGAGCUUGGGGGAUGUCUCCUAUCCCCCCACAGAACAGUUGGCUGGGGAUGGGAGAGGUGGUUGAUCUUCAUGAGACAAAGGGCCUGAUGGGGAUGGCAGCUGUGAGGACUUAUUGGACCUGCCAGGUCAGCGCACCCCAUCUCUGCACAACUGUCCCUACAGCCCUGACUCACACUUCUCUAUGUCUUAGGCCAGUAUCCUGAAUCUCUUCCAUGAUCCUCUUCUUUCUGCCAUUUUUUAUUUGGAUCUUGGCAGUUUAUCUGUCAAGUGGAUACUGGGGUGUCAUUCCCCCUAAGAAAAGACUGAGCCAAGAACUCCUUCCUCACCCCCGCCUCUCCAAGGACCGGACUGAUUCUCGAGAGAGGUACUCUCUUUAUCCCAUUGUUUGCUCAACCUUGAGCUGGCCUCUGCCCUUUCAUGGGCUCUUUGCUGUCAGCCACAGGUGGUUUUUAACCCCCUGCCAGACACUUGGGGCUUCCCAAGUGCCUCCUAACCCAAACCUGUGAGUCUCUCUAUUGCGUGCAGGGAGUGCAGCUAGGCAGCUGGCCUCUCCCUAGAGGAAGCUGGACCUUCAUGGCCAGCUGGAACUAAACCUCCCAAAUAGAAGGCAUAGCUGAGGUGAGAGUGAGGAGACCACAGGAAAGGAAUACUGUCUUUCCCAUGGCAGGGGGAGGGAAAGCAGGCUUGCAAUGCUGUAUAUCCUGAGUGGGGAGCUCCCCAGCUCCAGGCUGGCCUUUGGCCAACUAUCUGCUCCCCUUGAGGCCUUGGACUCGGAGGUUAUCUAUGGCCUCAGGUCUAAAUGCUGCCUGCCCCAAUUCCCAGCUCCACAGAAGGCCUCUUUUUAUUCCCUUGUGACUCAUGCCUCAGAGCAGUGGAAAAGAUACCUCUGUCUUCCCCUACUACUGCCAGCCAGGCCUAGCCAGGACUGGUUCUCCUUCCCCAGCCCACCUGGACCCAUCCAGGCAAAGUAGGGUACCUGGGGAGGAGGAGACUCAAAUGUUUCUUCGACAGCCAGGCCUAGACAAACAGGUCUGGGUACAUCAGCCCCAUAUGGGGGAGGAAGAGAGGCUCAGGAGGCCCUCUGUGGUCACUCCUCUUCUCCCUUGCCCCCUUUUCCCAUCACCACCUCUGUCUCCAUAGUAACCUCCUCUGGGGGAGGUGAGCCUUAACCAUCCUUGUCCCUUGACCCAGUUCCUUAGCAGCGACAAGCCCUCUUGGGGGCAGCACCCUCUCCACACAUGGAUUCAGACCCCUAGAGGGCUCUGGUUCAGAACCAGAACUUGAGAGAAGAGUGGGCCAAGGAGAAGAAGCCCUCUAGUCUUGGAGAGGAACUUUCUGGCUUCUAAGAGAAAGGAAGCUAAGUACUGAAAGAUGGCAGGACAGGAGAAUGGGGUUUGACCAACCAACAACCUGGGUGUUGUACUGUCUUUAUUUUUAAAACCACUAAAGUGCAAGAGUUAUUUUGCACUGUUUCUCCACCUUUUUUUUUCUUUUAGGUUUUUGUUUUUUUUAAAGCAUACUUUCUUGGUUUCCUAAUGGCGUAUCUACUUAGUUAGUUUCACUGACUCUGGCCUCCUCUCCUUAAAUCCUUCCGGAUGGGGAAAGGAAGGUGGAGGGUCAGAGGGGAAGGGGUCCACAGCCACCCUGUAUCCAUUCACCCCACUUCUCUGGUCCCUGGUCACCAGCCUCAGCCCCAUCACCACCACCAACACCACCGUCACACAGUAGCCCUGUCGUAUGGAUAGCACAGUUGUCAGACAAGAUUCCUUCAGAUUCCGAGUUGCCUACCGGUUGUUUUGUUUUUGUUUUUAUUUUUUUUAAGACAGCAAUAACCACAGCACAUAUUACUGUAGUUCUUUAUAGUGUUACAUACAGACAUACCAUAGCUCUGUUCUCUCCUCUUUUUCGUUUUCAACUUUAAAAAAAAAAAUGCUCAUAAUCUUUACUGGUGAAAAAGAUGAAAAAAUAAACCAACAAACAAAACCAGUUUGUGGGACAAAAAAAAGCAGAAAAAAAAAAAAUCACAUGAAUGCGAAAGAGCUCUGCUCCUGUUUAGUAUUUUGUACUUAAGGAAAUAAAAAA